AUGGGUGGCGCGUGGGAGCGGCUGAUCCGGAGCGUCAAGCAAAAUUACGAACGAAUGCAGGCAAGCAGACUCCCGACGCAAGAAGUUUUGGAGAGCACGUUGAUAGAGAUCGAGAACAUCGUCAAUUCUCGUCCUCUGACAAACAUCCCGAUUGAUAACGACGACUCACCAGUGCUGACGCCCAACCACUUUUUGUUGAGGUCAGCCAACGGCAUGAGAUCGUGGGUUUCUCUGAACGACGAGCCUGUGCUCAGGAGCAAUUGGAAACAAUCGCAGUUUCAGGCGGACGUUUUUUGGAAAUACUGGGUUCGUGACUACCUACCUACAAUUACUCGUAGAACCAAGUGGUUUAAUCCGGUAAGCCCGAUCAAAGUAGGAGAUGUGGUUAUCGUUGUGGAUCCGAGGUUUCCCCGCAAUUGCUGGCCAACAGGUCGAGUGAUUGCCACGAGUCCGGCUUCUGAUGGUCAGGUAAGACGUGCGACCGUACAAACCGCAUCGGGUGGCAUCUAUGAGCGACCUGCGGUGUCCUUAGCUGUACUCGACGUAGGCGUUACAAAGAAUACGCUUCAGCAGGAAUCUACGCGCAUUCCGGGGGGAGUGUUGACUGCGCCCUGUCGAGAUGUUCGGCCACAGCAGUUACUAUCGCAUCACACAACUGAUAAACCGCACCCGUUACCAUCCGAGGGAUCGUCACGAUCGAACCGCGAUCAAAGCGGACGAAGCGAAUGUCAUGUGUCAUCAUCAGAUAGGAGCGAGGCAUUUGAUCAUUAUUGGUGGUGCUGA